AUGUCACCAGACGACCAACAAAUUGACCCAGAGUGGCCACCAGGAACUGUUCGUAUCGAAGAAUUUCACAUACCAGACUUCUCGCGAUCGAACCAAACCUCCGAUGUCAUCUUAGAACCCAAGCCAAGCAACGAUCCAAACGACCCUUUGAACUGGCCACAAUGGAGGAAGAAUUUGAACUUUGGCUUAGUCUCAUACUAUGUCAUGAUGGUUCUUGCACUAAUAGACGUCGCAACAGUGACAUGGAGCGAAGUCAAUCAAGAGCUAGGCUUUAGCUAUGGGAUACUCAACGACAGCUACGCUGCUGGGUGUGGAGCACUGUGCAUCGGCGGCAUUCUCUUGAUUCCAUUUGCGUUGAAAUUCGGGAGACGACCCAUUUACAUCUUCAGCACUGCCGUUCAGUGCGGAAUUAGUAUCUGGAGCGCAAAGAUGGAGACUGUUGCUGACUUGAUGCUGGUCAAUGUAUUAAGCUGCAUUGUUGGAGCAUUAGCAGAGGUAUUGGUCCAGAUGACAGUUGCAGACGUCUUUUUCAUUCAUGAGAGAGGUGUCAUGAAUACCAUAUAUUUUUGGGUUAUGACCGUUGGUACCACUCUGGCGCCUCUGGCUGGUGGAUUCAUUACUCUUUCCCAAGGCUGGCGUUGGGUCUGGUGGUGGAUGGCAAUUCUGUUUGGCGUCGGGCUUGUCGCUUUUGUCUUUCUUUACGAGGAGACGAUGUUUUGCGAAGCUCCUGUUGACGGAGUGCCAGUUGCAGACAAUGUCCAACCGAAGGUGGUCAUUGAAAAGGAGAAUCUCGAUUCAGCAUCAGUGAGAGAGACCUUAGCUGUGGAAGGUGCAGCUGCUCAGGCCAAGCCGGUGGUGGUUGACCAAUCUAUUCCACGUAAAUCAUAUCGUCACAAACUGGCACUCUGGUCUCCCCCAUGUCUUUUGGAGAAUUACUGA